AUGUGGUGGAUGCUGUUUCCCCGAUGGAUUUGGUUUCUUCUGGGACAUUGUUACACUAUUCUCCUUUAUAUGGAUAGCUGCCGCGUGAGAGCAAUGCCCAUGCCCAUGUCUGUGGCAAAAGUGGUGUACUCUCACGCAGGUCUGUGCCCGAACGACCUGAACCCCAACCUGUGGGUGGAUGCAAUGAGCACCUGCAUGCGCGAGUGUGAAUCCGACCAGGACUGUGAGUCAUUUGAGAAGUGCUGCCCUAAUGUCUGUGGUAACAAGAGCUGUGUGGCAGCACGCUAUAUAGACAUCAAGGGCAACAAGGGCCCCGUUGGAAUGCCAAAGGGCGCCACCUGCGACAAGUUCAUGUGCUCUCAGCAAGGGUCAGAGUGCGACAUCUGGGAUGGCCAGCCUGUUUGUAAGUGCCGGGACCGCUGUGAGAGAGAACCCCACUUCACAUGUGCAUCUGACGGCAUGACCUAUUAUAACAAGUGCUACAUGGAUGCAGAGGCCUGUUCCAAGGGUAUCUCUAUCUCUGAGGUCACCUGCAGGUACCACCUGACCUGGCCCAACACCAGUCCAAUCCCUCCAGAGACCACCUUACAUCCCACCACUGCCCUCCAGACCACUCUCCCAGCUGACAUCCAGCUCCCCACCAUACACACUGGCCCCACCCAACAGGCUGUUUUUGUGGGUGAGACAGCUAGCUUUCUGUGUGAGGUGACUGGGAAGCCACGUCCAGAAAUCACCUGGGAGAAACAACUGAAGGGCAAAGAGAACACAGUAAUGAGACCUAAUCAUGUCAGAGGGAACGUUGUGGUCACCAACAUUGGCCAGCUGGUCAUAUACAAUGCGCAACUUCAGGAUGCCGGCAUCUAUACGUGCACCGCCAAAAAUGUGGGUGGAAGCAUAUCAUCACACUUUCCCUUGGUAGUGCUCAAAAGAGAAGCGAAAGGUAAGAACGCAGAGGGGAAUAGUACCAACCUGCCAUUUCCAGCUGAAGAGUGCCUUAAGAGUCCAGACACAGACGACUGUGGGGAGGAGAGCAUGAGCUGGUACUAUGAACCAAAGAGGAACAAUUGCUUCACCUUCACCUACAGUCAGUGCAAUAAAAACCGUAACCAUUUUGACACCUAUGAAGCCUGCAUGCUGUCGUGCGGAGGAGAGCUGGCAGCUCCCUGCAGCCUACCGAGCCUCCAAGGGCCUUGCAAGGCGUAUGAGCCUCGCUGGGCUUACAGCAACGGCCUUAAAAAGUGCCAGUCCUUCGUGUAUGGAGGCUGCGGUGGCAACGAGAACAACUUCGAGUCUAAAGAGGCCUGUGAAGAGAUGUGUCCCUUUCCAAAGAACCACAAUUGCAAGAUGUGUAAACCUCGAGGCAAGAUGGUCACCAGCUUCUGCAAGAGUGACUUUGUGAUCCUCGGGCGUGUGACUGAGCUGACAGAGGAGCAGGAGUCAGGCCACGCUUUGGUGACAGUGGAGGAGAUUCUGAAGGAUGAGAAGAUGGGCCUGAGGUUCUUUGGUAAAGAGCCCUUGGAGGUGACUCUUCUGAACAUGGACUGGAACUGCCCCUGCCCUAAUAUUACUACAGCCAACGGGCAGCUCAUCAUCAUGGGGGAUGUUCACAACGGGAUGGCCGUCCUGCAGCCCGACAGCUUUGUAGGCUCCUCCAGCACUCGUAAAAUCAGGAAGCUUCGUGAGAUUGUCCACAAGAAAACCUGUGAUUUCCUUAAAGAUUUCUCUGCUGUACAGUAG